AUGAUUACACGCGAUGAUAUCUUCCGACUGUCGGUGUUAUACAAGCCCUACGGUGGCCUCUCCAACGUUGCCCUCAAGAACGCUGCUGAAAUGGCUGCGUUCCUCUUUGACAUUGUUGAUUAUGAAUCUUCCAUCCUACAGCAGUUCUCCCCCCAAGAAAAGAAGGAGAAGGACAGCUGGGACCACUCUGAUGCAAUGGGCCGCUAUGUCCUCAUUCCCGAAGUCAUUGCCCCGAUAGCUGGGUUCAGCGCCUCUCAGAUUCUCAGACUCAUCCGUAACUCUUUGACUGGAAGGUUUCUCAACGACGAAAAGUUCCACAACUACGCGUAUGCAAGAGACAUCAAAGACAUAUGGAUGACGCUCAGGAAAUUUGUAUCCUCUGCCCUGGGCCAUAAAUAUGCGGACGACGAGGCCGUGGCCGCGGAUGGGUAUAUCCAGAACUGGUGUGAUCAAAUGCGGUCUGAGUCGGGAGUUGGGAUGUGGAAGUUCCCCCAGUCGAUCUCCACGAUGGACGACUUGGUAGAUAUAGUCGCCAUGUGCAUUCACAUCGCCGCGCCCCAGCACACGGCCGUCAACUUCCUCCAGCAAUACUACCAGACGUUCGUACCCAACAAGCCAUCGGCAUUGUUCUCCCCGCUCCUAACGUCGCUUUCCCACCUUGAGAGUUACACGGAAAGCGACCUGAUGGCUGUCCUACCUCUCAAAGCCAAGCGACAGUGGCUCCUCAUGGCACAAAUCUCGUAUCUGUUGUCUCAGCGAGUCCAACAAGACGGGAAUAUCGUCACCAAUGCUGCUAGGGCGUCAAAAGACAAAGACCUAAUCAUCGCGGCUGCCGGCAAAGGGCUAUCGGCCGAUCUGAAGAAACUCGCGAAUGUAUUUUUAGAAAACAGCAAAGGGUUGGAUGACCAAAACACGGCGUACAACGUUCUUGCGCCCGAACACCUUGCGAAUCCAAUUGUGAUUUAG